GAGUGCGAUGCAUUCAAAGCCAACUCCAAGUUCGCGGCCGUUCCCAUCGGUCCCACGUGUAACCAAUUGGCUGUACUCAACGUCGGCAAAGGGCAGCGACUCCCAGGAGGUGUUAUCCCGCAUCUGGUCUGCGGCCAUACGGUCGCCGACUUCUCGUUUGAUCCGUUCGACGAGCAUAUGCUGGCCGUCGGGUGUGAUAACGGAGUGAUUCAGUUCUGGAGGAUUCCCGAGAAGGGAUUGACUGACAAUAUGGAUGAAGUGAACAGUCAAUUGGUGGCCCAUAACGAUAGGAUAACUAUCAUUCAAUACCACCCCAACGCCAAACACGUCUUGGCGUCGUUUGCCGUGGAUUUGGAUCUAAUCGUCUGGAAUAUAGAGACAAUGGAACAGAAGAUUAAGAUUAGCGCUCAUUCGGAACCGCUGUUUAGUAUGUCUUGGAAUCCAGGCGGAGAUCUGUUGGCAACCCUUUCCAAGGAUCAAAAGUUGCGAAUCUUUAACCCUCGCGACGGUGAGCAACAACUGGUUGACGAGGGUUUGGCCACUCAGGGCAGUCGUGGGGGACGGGUGUGUUGGGCACAGAAAGGCAAUCUCGUGAUCGUCACCGGCUUUAGCAGAGUAUCUGAGCGACAGUUUCUAGUCUUCGAUAAAAACGAUUUGUCGAAACCACUGGCAUCGGAAGGCCUGGACGUGUCGCCGGCUAUACUGAUCCCCUUCUACGACAACGACAGUUCCACUCUAUUCCUGACAGGAAAGGGCGACUCAACGAUAUUCACAUUCGAGGUGUCGUCGCCG